AUGUUCGCUAAUUCAGUCGAGGACUGUGGCCUCCGUAAACUAGUGCCCCGGCUCGUCCAAGCCUCCGAGGAGAAGUUAGGCUCAGAGGUGGUCAGCGGGUACUUCAAACUAUUCGUGGCUCUCCUCUCCGUUCUCCUUUUCCUCUUCUGGGUUAUCCAUCUGCGGAAAGAUAAUGAUGAGGUCUACGACGAGAUUGACUCAAACCUGGUCAACAGGUUCACAGAGGGAGUCACCCUCAACUACAAAUACCUCCAGCACUUGGAGGGGCUGCUGGACAUGAAGAAGCUACAGAUAGACAGACUGAACGCUGAAGCGAACUUUGACCUCUCCUCCUGCUGCUGCUAUGGUUCUGACUCCUGCUCUGGGAGGUCCUCCUGCAGCUACACCUCUGACUCCUGCUCUGGGAGGUCCUCCUGCAGCUACACCUCUGACUCCUGCUCUGGGAGGUCCUCCUGCAGCUACACCUCUGACUCCUGCUCUGGGAGGUCCUCCUGCAGAAACACCUCUAGAACUAAAACACAUUCUAGAUCACAUUGUAGAUCUUCCGGAUCGUCUAGAUCCUCCUCCAGAUCUAGUGGUGGUGACUGCAGCACCUGCCGACACUGUAACAAACGGCCGGACAGGUUCCUGGGCGGUAGUCUGGAUAGACCCUACCCAUUGGAUAGCCUGGAUUGCCCUCACCCAUUGGAUAGCCCCAGCCCAGUGGAAAGCCCCAGACAACCAUGUAGUCUUAGCCCACUACCAGGAGAUGAUGAGGGGCACGUCAGAUACCAUGGCAACACGCAAGCAUCCAACACCUCCUGCCACGCCUCCUGCCGUUCUACUUGCCGCUCCUCCGAAAAUGCCUCCCGCUGCUCCUCUCCCAGCCCCUCGAGCUCCUCUAAGUAUCUGACUCCUCCUGAUUCACGCCUGCCUCUGGAGUAUCAUCAAAGCCCUCGGCAGCCUACUAUCGUUUACUACGACACCACCAAGAUGGACGACAAAGGGGACUAUGUUCCUGUGGUUGCUACUACUGUUAAGUCUUCACCUGGCUGCAAAGACCUCUCCAACCCCUCUGAUUGCUCCAAGACUCAGAAUGCCGACCGUGUAGACCAUUCCAAGACUCCGAUGACAGUGAGACGGAUUAUUUCAGUGAGACAACUGUUUGAGAUCGUUCCAGGGAAAAGUGACCCGCCUGUGCUGCACAGCUGGCACCAACGAACCCUGGAAGUCAAUGUGCAACAGAAGGUAGCCCAUAAUGAGAGACUGAAGGAAGGAGGGACCACCACCACCUGUAACCCCACCUCUACCUCCGCCCACCUCGAUACCACCCAGUCCACCUCUACCUCCACCUACCUCGAUACCAUCCAGUCCACCUCUACCUCCACCCACCUCGAUACCACCCAGUCCACCUCAACCACCUGUAACCCCACCUCUACCUCCGCCCACCUCGAUACCACCCAGUCCACCUCUACCUCCACCCACCUCGAUACCACCCAGUCCACCUCAACCACCUGUAACCCCACCUCUACCUCCACCCACCUCGAUACCACCCAGCCCACCUCUACCUCCACCCACCUCGAUACCACCCAGCCCACCUCAACCUCCACCCACCUCGAUACCACCCAGUCCACCUCAACCACCACCCACCUCGAUACCACCCAGUCCACCUCUACCUCCACCCACCUCGAUGCCACCCAGCCCACCUCUACCUCCACCCACCUCGAUACCACCCAGUCCACCUCUACCUCCACCCACCUCGAUACCACCCAGUCCACCUCUACCUCCACCCACCUCGAUACCACCCAGUCCACCUCAACCACCUGUAACCCCACCUCUACCUCCACCCACCUCGAUACCACCCAGCCCACCUCAACCUCCACCCACCUCGAUACCACCCAGUCCACCUCUACCUUCACCCACCUCGAUACCACCCAGUCCACCUCUACCUCCACCCACCUCGAUACCACCCAGUCCACCUCUACCUCCACCCACCUCGAUACCACCCAGCCCACCUCUACCUCCACCCACCUCGAUACCACCCAGUCCACCUCUACCUUCACCCACCUCGAUACCACCCAGUCCACCUCUACCUCCGCCCACCUCGAUACCACCCAGCCCACCUCUACCUCAACCCACCUUGAUACCACCCAGUCCACCUCAACCACCUGUAACCCCACCUCUACCUCCACCCACCUUGAUACCACCCAGCCCACCUCCACCCACCUCGAUACCACCCAGUCCACCUCAACCACCACCUGUAACCCGACCUCUACCUCCACCUCAUCUCAAGCUAAAACAAAAAGGAUCGCCAGGAAAACCACCAGCCUUCCAGCCUUCCCCCUACAGUGUGUCAACAACCCUCCUAGUCUCCAUUGCAGUGGGUCGGAGGGUAAAGGUCAGGACAAGCCGUCCAUCCGGAUGUACCUGCAGGGUGAGGUCCAGAUCACCUUCAUCACCCAGGAUAUCCAGGAGAAGCUGGAGUCCCACGUCCGCCGCAAGCAGAGCCAGCGCCUCUGGGGAUUCCCCAAGCUGGUCACCAGGUACGUGGGAGACCACCUUGCCGAACUGGCUGCCCAUGCCCCCUCCGCUUCCGGCGACGGCAAGACGGUUAAGAUCCCUGGCAAGAUCAUGGGCAACGUGAGCGACCAUGUUGGCCGAGGGCAGCGAAACACGGAGUUGUGUUUCAGGCUGAGUGACAGGACAAGGCCAGGGGAGGAGAGAGAGGAGACCCAGGCUACUAGUCCUGCAGCUACAGCCAAACUCAAUGACAAUUUAAACAGCUCACCUGCCAACAGCUCACCUGCCAACAGCUCACCUGCCAACAGCUCACCUACCAAAAGCAGGCCUGUGGAGAAGACUCCCUUCACCAGCACCAGCUGCACCAUUACUCCCCAGCCAGCCGAGAACCACACUACCAGACCCACCCAGACCAGCCAAUCUCUGGACGAGUCCUCCCUCCAGAUGUCCCCAAACCCAGUGACCCUGACCCAGGAGAGACGCCAGCUGGAGAUGCAUGUGAAGAGGAACUGUCUGGAAGUCAAGCUCAAACCCCUCCCUGGCACGGUGGCCACCAGCCAGACAACCCUUUCCUCUGCAACCAGGCAGUCAACUAGGCAGCCCAUCCAGGCAGCAGCGCUCGCCCCUCUGAAACGCCCUGCGCAACUAAGGCGGAGGGAUACGUCGGCAGCGGAGGGAUACGUGUCUUCUAUGGAGCCAGAGGCGCUGAGGCGUCAGGAGGAGAAUCCGGUGAUGAAGCCCACAUCUUCAGCCACCCCCUCGACCUCCCCAGCAGCUCGUCCUCACAGCUCAGCUCUGGAGACUUGGACCGGCAUAGACGCCGUCUCAGGACCCCGCUCUGCCUCCAACCCCAUACGACUGUUGUGUUAUGACACUGACACUGAAAGGCUUUUUGUGUUUACAACAGAUCUACAUUGACUAUUUGUCUCGGUACAAGACGAU